AUUUUUUUAUCAGAAUUUUUUUAUUUAAUAUCAGAAUUCUGUACGAGCAAUGUAAUCAUUAUCAAGCUUUAUUGAGUGUGUGCAAAGCAGACGCCAUUUCUUUGAGGCAUCUUCUGUCUGGUGAUCUUCACUCACAGUUUUAAUAGGCUGUUGGAUGAUUAUGUGAAAGCUCCUUGCAAAUAAACCAUCAACAUGCCCAUCUGUGGUCUGCUUGUGGGUCAAAUUACAUUUUAACUGAGCGACGCUCCAGUUUCUCUUUAAGUAUUUGGUGCUUUUAUUUUGAAGUCAAAUGUGUGUGUUCCGUUUCUCUUCCGGUUGCCUUGUUUUGAACGCCGGUUUGCUCUUCCUGGCUGUGGACAAACGCAAGAAUGGGGAAAGAAGCGUUUUACAGAUGUGUUGAGUGCAGCGAGAUGGCAGCGGAGCUUCACAGGGAUUACAGCAACGGGAUUCUGAAGAUAACAAUAUGCGAGUCCUGUCAGAAGCCAGUGGAUAAAUAUAUUGAAUAUGAUCCAGUUAUUAUCUUAAUUGAUGCUAUUUUGUGCAAAGCACAAGCUUUCAGACACAUUUUAUUCAACACGAGCUUAAAUAUCCACUGGAAGCUGUGUGUGUUCUGCCUGCUGUGUGAAGCGUACCUCCGGUGGUCCGCGCUCCACGGCUCCGAGCAGAGCAGCGACCCGGCCGACAUCAUCCGCUACACCAAGGAAUGGGACUUUUAUGGCAAGUUUGGAUUAGCUGCCCUGGAGCUGGCGGCGUUCUGCAGCGGCCUGCUGUCCUUCCUCUGGAUGUGGGAGUCCCGUCUGCAGGGACGGAGCGCGGAGCUCGACCUGCUGCUCAGAGCGCUGCUGCUGUCCUGCUACGGUAAAGUCCUCCUCAUCCCCACCGUCAUCUGGGACCAUGACUACUCCCCGCUGUGCCUGGGCCUCAUCAGGAUGUUCGUGCUCACCUCCAACUCACAGGCCAUCCGAGUGGCCCUGAACUGCAGCAGGCGUCUGUCCCUGGCGGCUGUUGGCUUCGGCCUGCUGUCAGAAACUCUCACCGCUCAGAGCUGCAGGAAGCUCCAGUGGAGCAUCCAGGACGUCUGGACGUCUUAAUUAUUGUCUUCACCAUCUUCAGACUGGAAUACCUGUUAACUCACAGAUGGAUUACCCGCUUCAUAAACCUACUGUUUUCUUUUCAGGGUAAAUUAUUGGUUUGUAUAACAGCUUUUUAUUUUGCUUUAUUUCUUUGUAACUAUGUAAAUGUGUCCAAAUAAAGCUAAUCUGAGUCUAUUGA